GAGAUAAUUUUAUGUUUACGCUAGCUUACUGGUAACAGAUUCAGAUAUUUAUUUUCGUCAUGCAAGAAUCAAUAAAUCAAAAGAAAAACAUAGCAAACUAAAAACGGGGUAAAACGAUUCAUACAAAUUAACGCGGGAUCGCGAAAGACUCAGUGAGUCAUCCAGUCAGCGAUACCAAAUGCUGUAAGAUAUAGCAGCAAAUAUAGCAAUGAAGCAAUCUGAUAAAAAUAACUAUAAAUUACACAAUCAUGGGAAAACAACACAACAAUAAAUUUGAAAUAAAUUAGACAACAGGAACAACCAUUAUGAUUCAUCCAGAAUAUAUAGCUUAUUAGCGACAUCUGGUGGUUUAUAUACGCAUCACUGAAUACAAAACAAUAAAAAACAAGUACGCGGGGUGGCAAGCAACGGAGUAGUUGCCGUACCUAGAAAUAAGUUUUCACUAAAGUAGACGACUUCACCGGCACAAAAAUGGAGUACCGUUAUGCAGUAUGCAAAUUACAAGUGAAAAGUGGGACAUGACAAGUGAAGAAAAAAAUAGGGGUCUCGUGAAGUACACGCCGCAAGCACUUCUAAUUGGCCUGGCUCAACAAUUUUUGCAUAUGUCAUUCCUAACCCUCACCUGACUACGCCAUCCAAAAAUUACAUCACUGCGUAGUCGCAGUGACGUAAUAAGGCCCUCCAAAGUAAACGUGUGGUCGCGCAGACAAUCAUCCGAAAUUGCGCAAGCUACUUCUCUCGUUUUCUCGCCGUAACGAUAAGAGAGAGAUCGCUGGGGUUAGUGAGUUUAUUAUAGUCGGCACAGAUGCCAUUUAGGACGAUUGUAGUUAUAAUUUAGCAAGCUCUAUGUCGCGAUUGUGACGUCGCAGUGAUGUAAUUUUUGGGUGACGUACUCAGGUGAGGGUUAGGAAUAUUGUAUCGUUAUGCUACGCCCGGUAGAAGUACUUGACGGCGUGUACUUCACCAGACCCAAAAAUAGACAAUGAAAUAUUCACGAGAGAGAUAUGCGUAUGGGAAUUAGAAUGGAUACAGCUGGGCUGUAGAAUAACAUGGGUCGAUGCAGGAGGCAAUUUAUAUUGGAAGCUAUGCUAGACACUUCACAGAUAAGAGUCAAGCUACUGGAAACUAUAAGCCUGCAGUGUUCACUUCAACUUGAAGGGCUGCUGGAGAUUUGUUGCUGUCGAGGAGAGUGGUAUCGUCGGCAAACAAUUUGGAAAAUAAUGAAGAGGAAUGUGAUAUGUCAUUGAUGUAUACUAAAAAUAGAAAUGGACCCAAACAGCUACCUUGUGGGACCCCGUGGGUCACUGAUUUAAAGAGAGGAAUUACACGAGCAAUUUUCAGAGAUGAGGGGAAUAUGCCGAGUGACAAUGAGAAAUUGAAGAACUCUGACACGCAUGGAAGAACUGUUAAUAUGAGGCCGUUAAUAUGAGAGAGACGGCAGACUAGGUUGGGCUUCAAGAGAAAAGCGUUAGCGUUUUGGAAUUCCCCGUUCUAUAAAUAGAGCCGCUUCGAAGGACUCGAUUCAUGUCAUUUUUGACGAUCGACAUAUGCGAAAUAUAUAUUACUAUAUUGUUAUUAUGGCUGGACGUCAAUCGCGAGUUUUGGAUGUGGAUGAUGUUUUGUGGCAUCUAGAGAACGACGCAUUUGUUCCCGAAGAUGCAUCGGAUGAUAACGACAGUAUGGGAGUGUCUGAUUUUUCCGAGGAAGAGGAUAUUUUAGAUACUCAAGCUGACGAAGUUUCGGAAGGUUGGUACUAAUUUAUUUAAUGUAUUUUCCAAUAAGAUAAGAUGGAUUGAUAACGUAUCGGUAAUAUUGUAUGAUAUUUUAUUUCUACAGAUGAUGAACCUUUAACGUCUACUGCUCCGCCUCGGAGACGAGGCGGGCGUGCUACUAGGGCUGGGGCGAGAAAAAGGGCACGUCGCUCGACACCCAGAGAGCGUGAUGUUCGCCCAAGAUACAACUGGACAAAGUCCUUCACAGCGAGGACAAUUCGACCUUUCGGGGGUCAACGACAGGUGCGCAAUCGCCACUUGAACCAAUCGUCGAGUCCCGUAACGUUCUUUCAUCAAUUUUUCAAUUCCACUGUAAUUGGAUUUAUAGUGGAAAUGACAAACCUCAACGCCAUCAGAAAACUCCAAGCGGCGGCUGCUACGACCGGCACCGAGUGCAAGCAAUGGGACUCCGUUACUACGCCGGAAUUCCAUUGUUUCCUCGGUCUAAUCAUACUGAUGGGAAUAAUUCGUCUUCCCGUUGUGGAUUUUUAUUGGCAGAAGAAGAACUGGCUCCUUGACAUUCCAUGCUUCAACGAAAUAUUGCCAAGGCAGCGCUUCAGAGAUAUUAUGAGAUACUUACAGGCGAUGAAAGUGAAGCACCCGCUGCUGACAAUCCAAAUAAGGACAAAAUGUUCCAAGUUCGCAAGUUUUUAUCGAUAAUUUUACCUCUAUUUGAAAAUGCUUAUAGUAUGGGCCGGGAAAUAUCCAUCGACGAAACCUUGAUCCCAUUCAAAGGAAGAAUAAGUUUCCGUCAAUUUAUCAAGACAAAGCGGGCACGAUUUGGGAUCAAGGUAUGGGUACUUGCGGAAUCGUCGACUGGAUAUGUUUCCCGGCUCCAGUUUUAUACGGGAAAAGACCCUACCUCAAAUCCAGAGGAGGGAUUAUCCUCAAGAGUGGUGAAAUAUCUGAUGGAACCAUUUGUCGACAUGAAUCACCACCUUUAUGUCGACAAUUUUUACACCAGCCCUGAACUUUUUUCAUACCUAUUAUCUAAGGGGAUAUAUGCAUGCGGAACAUUCCGCGCUAAUCGCAUUGGAUUUCCGAAGGAACUUAUAAUAAAAUCAAUUCGAAGUUUGCAGAGGGGUGCGACCGAUUGGCGAAUGGCUGGGGACUUGCUAGCCCAGUCAUGGGUCGAUAACAGGGCCGUUUGUUUUCUAACAACCAUCCAUAACCCUGAAUAUACCAGCGACUAUUCUGGCUCAAAAACCGUCAAGCGAAAACGAGGCCGUUCUACAUCACAGACUUCGGAAAUUUCAUGCCCCCAAGUACUCAAAGAUUACAACUCUCACAUAGGGGGUGUGGAUCUUUCCGACCAAAUGAGAAAAUAUUAUAAUUUGACGAGACGUUCUAAAGUAUUGUAUCGGCGCGUAUUUUCUUACAUUAUUGAAGUGGCACUCCACAAUGCAAGAGUGCUGGCCGACAACAUCGAAGGCAAGCACUUGGACGGAUUUACGUUCCGGAUGGCAAUUGUAACUGGCCUGAUUGGGGAUCACAGGUCUCCUCGUCGGGGUCGGGCACCGUUCUGA